UAUCACCUAGGUUUCGGGGUUUCUAUGUUGAUUGUAUGUAUUACUGAGAUGGAAAACAGACAGGGGGACCUAGAAAAUAUGCCACAGUUGGCAGAAGCAAGUAAACUGAAAUGGUCAUCGCGAAAGGAGUUUAUCAUCUCUCUCCUUGGUUACUCGUUAGGUCUAACAGACAUAUGGAGGGUACCGUACCUCACCUACAGGAACGGAGGUGGUGCUUUCCUAAUCCCUUAUAUUUUCUUCAUGUUGGUGUGUGGGAUUCCAUUAUACUUCCUAGAAAUAAUGAUGUCACAAUUUGCCGGAAAAGGAACGUGGCGCGUGUGGGAUUUCUGUCCCUUGUUUAGAGGUCUAGGAAUAACGUUUCUAAUCAUCAACUGGAUUGUGGCGACCUACAUCAUGCUGCAAAAACCUUGGAUCAUUGAGUAUAUUGUAGCUUCCUGUUCGACUGAGCUGCCCUGGACAUCAUGCGGCAACGAGUGGAACACUCAAAGCUGUGUCCAAUCUGGUCCUUCGAUCGAGUACUUGAUAAAGAAUGCCAGUUCUACCUACAACAACAGUACAGUACAGUCGACGUAUCCUACAACGGUGAAUUCGAUGACUUAUGGUGGAAAUAAUACAUCACUUUACAUGUCGUCGGUCGAGGAGUUCUGGAAUUACAAGAUCCUGGAUAUGUCUUCUGGCAUCGACGAUAUUGGCAGGCUGAACUGGAAAUACCUUCUGUACCUACUGGCGUGUCACGUGAUAAUCUGGCUAUCAUUGUUCAAGAGUGUCAAGUCUAUUGGCAAGAUGAUGUAUGUGACAGCAAUAUCUCCGAUGGUACUGACUUUUAUCAUCUGGAUUAGAGCUCUCACACUUCCGGGAGCCACGAAUGGAAUGGCGUAUUUCAUUACACCGGAUUUCAACCGCCUUGCUUAUCCAGAAGUGUGGAUAGAGGCGGCAUUCAUGGCGUUCUACACUUUGGGUCCCGCUUGGGGAGGACUGGCCAUGUUCGGAAGUCACAACAGAUUCUCAGACAACUGCUUCCGCGAUGCUGUAAUCAGUACCGUGAUAACGGUGUGUUACGGACUAUUUAAUGGACUGGUAAUCUUCUCUGUGAUUGGUGUUCUCGCCUACGAAAGUAAUGUACCUCUUGACAAGGUAAUUACAUCAGGUGGAUUUUCCCUGGGAUUUGUAGCCUACCCACAGGCUAUAACCUACUUCCCCUUGCCACAAGUAUGGGCCGUUUUGUUCUUUAUUGUCCUUUUUCUGCCAGGCAUGGAUUCUCAGACACUUUUGUUGGAGCCCGUACUUUGUGUGAUUGAAGAAAACUUCCCUAAAACAAUCGGAAGACGAAGACUCCCUCUUCUGACAGGAGUCACUGUGAUAACUUUUAUCUGUGGAAUACCCCUGGCCACACAGGCUGGUAUUUACAUGUUCCAACUUAUAGACUGGUAUGCUGCUACGUGGAGUAUUUUACUUAUAGCUGUUGCAGAGUCUAUCGUGUUUGCCUGGGUGUACGGUGGCGACAGACUGAGCAGGGACUUCAAGCUGAUGCUUGGAAGACCAUUACCUGUGUCUGUACGGGUCUCAACGGCCUUCAUUACACCAACUGUUCUCAUGUUUUUAGUCGUUGUGAGCAUAUUUACGUACAAACCCCCCUCCUACGGUACAUACGAGUAUCCGGACUACGCCCGCGGAAUCGGAUGGUGUUUUGCUAUCAUACCACUUGUUCCAAGUUUCAUUUAUAUGCUAUGGAUUGUCAAGAACCAGGAGGGCUCUCUGAAGGAGAGAUGCAUGUCCCUACUGAAACCUUCGGUCGAGUGGGAGCCUGCCGAGGAGAGCACCAAGCGCGUCUUUCGGAAUUUAGAACGAAGGUAUGAACGAUCGUUGAGGAGGCUUGCACUGUUUAAUUUGACGGGACGUGGAGGAUGUGACAAGUUCUCUACAGAAUAUGGAGGUGACAGUACCGAGAUGGACGCCAUCAAUGGAGACAAGCACGUGUAAUGUGAUAUCGCAAUUCCGUGGACACCAAAUAGACAUAACAACGUAAUUAUUUACAUAGACAAUUUGCGAUUUACGCUUUUAUGGUUUAUGAUUUUAUGACCUGAAUAUUUCAUAAGUCAACAUUACAACUAAUAAAGGUAUCCGUUGGAAUGCAUCUCUUUUUAAAACAUCAUGAUUUUACAAGUUAUUCCCUGCUUUUUAUUUAAUCUAUUGUAAACACACUAUAUGUAGCCCCUAAAAUAGAAUAAUUUUAACUGACUAUUACCAUUUUCCUGACCAUGAAAUAUUAAAUACUUUAUUCCAGGAAAC